AUGACAGCCCCAGUUAUCGAUGUUUCAUAUUGUAAUACGCAAACUUGCACUAUACGAAUUAAUACUGAGAGAGGAGUGGCUUACGAUGAGAACCGUGAUUUUCUCUUCCAUAUUAAAAAGACCUUGCUCUCACCUCACAACCGUCGUGUCUUAUAUGAUAAAGAAAAACCCAUUGUCAGUUUCUAUAGUAAGAUUUUGAGACCGCAGGGACGAUGCAAAGUUUUUAGGGGUGAAAGAAAUGAUCCAUCUCAAUUGUUAUUUUCGGUGAAGAAAGUCAAUAACUCGUCAAACAUCCCCGAUAAUACGACUCUGUUAAACGUCUUCCUCGCAAACAACAACGAAGAGAUAGAAAAUAACUUUAGAGUCAUCAUUGGUGGAAGAAAAGAAUCCUGCACAGUCUAUGCUGGAGAAUAUAUUUCUGACAAUGACAUUUUAGCCCAUAUGAGGAAUAAUGGUGAUUUCGAUGUCACGGUCUAUCCCAACGUGGACUACGCAUUCAUAGUUGCACUACUUAUGAUUGUCAAGGACAUCAACUGUUCUACCCACUCCAUCACCCAAACCGCAUACAAGGCCUUAAAAAUGCUUCAAUUAUCACUCUCAUCAUUAGCAUCAGCGAAAGCAUUAGUAGUUUCAAAAAAAUAAACAAAUGUAUUGUAUAAUAAAAUCAAGGUUGAAGACUAGUGGAGUGCCGUGUGUUUUUAUCCAUUCGGGCUGUUUUGCCUCUCGGUCAAGAACAAAGUUUCCUCUAGAAGAGAAAACUACUUAUAACUUGAACAAGAGAAACAGAAAUCGUUGAAGUUGUACUUUAGUUGUUGCAGUUUAUUUUUAUGUUGAAAUGUUUAGUUUUUAUUUUAAGGUUGUUGAAAAUUUUAAAUAAAUUUAGGAGUACCUUUAUAUUUUUAUGAAGUUGUUCGCAAUCAUGUCUCAU